CUCCCAAAGAUUGCCAGACUACCCAGUCGGAAGCGACGUGCGUCCAUCGGUUGCCCGUCGCCCUUACCAGUUAAACCGACUGAUGACGGAGAUUUACGAGACGGUGACAGCUGGGUGCAGUAUGGAGAAUAAACCUGGCAGCUUUCCUAUCCAGGACCAGCCUGAUAACGCCAGCGAAGAGUCAGUGAAACUAACUCGUAGUUUAACUGAGAAGCGGAAAAACUACGUUCGGAGAGUAUCGUCGCGGGUUGCGUACCUUGACCAGAAAUCAAUGAAGAACACGAGAUACCGGCACCAAACGUCCAUUUGCUCCUACAAAUCUGAACCAUCAGAGACCAUAUAUAACACGUUUCGGUCUUGGAAGAGUUUUCGUACUUCGCAGAAUAAUUUGAACAACAAAAUGGCGGAUUUGACAGAUUCAAAAUGCAAUUUGACGGACUCGAAAGGGAAUAUUUUAACAAUGAAGGAUGAGCUUGGGAGCACAGAAAGUCUAGAUACCAGUUCAAUAGACGAGAAGACUGGUUGCGUUGACAUCGAACUCCCGUUCGAGCCUCGUGAACGAAGUUUGUUCAACGUGUGCCUGCUUGUAGGAAUGAACCAUAUGACCGGGGAGGCGUAUGUGAAGAGCGUGUUUCCCGCGCAAGUCCACGUACCACCCCACAUCGAGAACCUAAUCUUCCCAGAAACCCUCAGUUCGACAGACAACGGAGAAUGGAAAAGGGAAAAAGGAGAAUGGUCAGUGGAGGCGUCAGGCACUCAAUGCUACUCCUUGAUCCUCACCGAUGAAAGAGGGGAACGGUCUUAUGGUUAUUGUCGACGUGUGCUACCAGAGGGCGCCACAACAUGUCUUCCUCUUUGCUACUGCCUGAUAGGCAAGUACAGAGCUCCUGGUUUUUAUUACAAGAUCCUACAAGAGAUUGAAUCGCACCACGGCAGCUCAGACGUAGAAAUCCAUUCAAUACUUCAACAGCUAUUCGAAACGGACUUCCCGAGCGCCGGCGAAGAAAUAACAAUAACAUAUACUAAAAACAACGGGCAAACAAGAAUAUUCCGCAAUUCCAUAAACUUGGGAGAUGUUUUAAAAUGUAAAACAAUGCCAGAUAUCAGACAUUGCAGAAAUUCCGUCAGUCCUGCGAAAUCUGAAGAAAUUUCCGGCAGUUCAACUGAAAAUUCUGGCAGAUCUGCAGGAAUUUCAAACGGCGAUGAUGUGUUUGAAGAUAAGAGUGAAACGUUACCAGAUUUUUAUGAUUUGGAAAACAACAAUAGUCCGAAGAAAGUCAAAUUAUAUUUUGAUGGACCUAGAACGAAAAUAAUAAAACGUCCCAUCGAGCCCCGUGUGGAUGAGGACUGUCUGUCUAUCCUCGUAGAUAGCCUUGGCGCUGGAUUGACAAUCAAAGUCUUCGGGUCGCUUCUCUUGGAACGGAAGGUCAUUAUUAUGGGAGAUCAGCUCAGCAAAGUUGAAGUUAAACUGCUCGGUUUGAAGUGA